AGGAAAAAGAAAAAAAAGAAAUUCUUCCUGCUCGGCUGUUCUCCUCGCUCGAAACAGAGAGAAGAAAACCUAGAGGAGAAGAGAAAGCGGCGGUGGAGAUGUCGAUCCUGUGGGAGAAGAGCCGGGCGUGGCGGUGGCUGGUGGGGCGGACGCGGGACUCGAAGCCCUUCUUCUUCACCUUCGCGGCGCUCUGCGGCGUCAUCCCCGGCGUCGUCGGCUACGGCGUCAUGCAGCUCACCAGCUCCCGCAACGACAAGCUCGAGGCCCACCUCCGCUCCAACGCCCGCCCGGAGACCACGAUGAUGGGACAAAUCAACAGGGAAAGGCUGGCGGAGUUUCUAGGUGAGAUACAAAGGAAGGAGGACACAAAUGACAGAUACGUCGCUGCUCUUAAAGGGGAGACGCUGACAAGGAAGCCCUAUGAACGCAUCCAGCCCGUCCCCCAGCAAGCUGCACAGGAGAACGCGAAGGACCAGAAAGCUACCCAGGAGAGUGCCAAGGCAAAGUGAUUGGUGCAUGGUUGAUGACCGGGGUGGGUGAAAUGUGCUCUACUAAAUGAACAUAAAUGGGCUGUAGCUCCAAGAGCUUAAUGAACUGCGGACCUUUUUCUGGAAGCAUCGUUAUCUACCUAUGUUUCGAUUGGUCGUGGCACUGCCCCAUACAAAAAACCGAAAAGAUGACGGCAUUGAAUCAUGUAAAUGUUUUACGUGGUACCAAAUAUUUUAGGAACCUUCAUACUUGUUAGUCGAUAUCCUGGUGGUGUUGUCGCGUCGUUAUUUAUUUCACUUGGCGAACAUAUCGUGCAUCUUACGCUUUGUUCUUGAUCAGAACUUUGAUAGCAUUUACAUCUUUGAGGCUGGUGUUAAAUCUUCAUUAUAUUUUUAAUUACUAUGUUCUGUGUUA